GAUGCAGCGAAGAUAUUGCAAGGAGGGCCAUUGAUUGGCUCGGGCGACGCCGAGGGACGUCUGCAAAGAGCAUCUUGGUCUGGUCAAGUCUGGCUGCACGACGAGCGCAUAAAAGGCCUCCUUACUCGCUGGCACGGUCAGUCCUCCCCGUCAUCCUCGUCGCUGGCACCCAUGGCAUCGUCCAACUCACAGUUCCGCACCGUCGACAAGAACGGCAAGGAGAUCACGACGGUCGGUUUUGAACGAUUCGGCUUUGAUUGCGAGGCUUCCUUGGAAGCUGUUCGUUCUCUCUAUCUCAAGCCUCACUACAUUCGCAGCGCGGAGAAGCAGGCUGGGGCCGGCGACGAUGCAGAGGCCGUCUAUUAUCCGGACACCAAGUCCAUUUCCUACACCACCUUGACACGCUUCCCUCCAGUAAAGCUUCUUCCGCCUGAAAAGCGCAAGCGCAUCCUUGUAACUGGUGGUGCUGGCUUUGUGGGGUCUCACCUGGUGGACCGUUUAAUGCUGCUCGGACAUGAAGUCACCGUGCUGGACAAUUUCUUUACCGGUUCCAAGACCACUGUGAGCCAUUGGGUCGGUCAUCCUAACUUUGAGCUAGUUCGCCACGAUGUCGUUGAGCCUUACAUGACGGAGUGCGAUCAAAUAUAUCAUUUGGCGUGUCCUGCAUCUCCGCCUCAUUACCAGUUCAAUGCGAUCCACACUGUCAAGACAUCCUUCUUGGGCACGCUCAACAUGCUUGGUCUUGCCAAGCGAACGAAAGCGCGUUUCCUAAUUUCUAGCACGUCUGAGGUAUAUGGUGAUCCUGAGGUUCACCCCCAACCCGAAGACUACUGGGGUCAUGUCAACCCGAUCGGCCCUCGGGCCUGCUACGAUGAGGGAAAAAGAGUAGCUGAGACACUCACGUACGGUUAUCACCGCCAGGAGGGUGUCGAUGUCCGUGUUGCUCGUAUUUUCAACACAUAUGGCCCUCGCAUGAAUCCUUACGAUGGCCGUGUUGUGUCCAACUUCAUUAUCCAGGCGCUCAAGGGCGAGGACAUGACCGUCUACGGUGACGGCAAGCAGACGCGCUCAUUCCAAUUCAUUCACGACCUGAUCGAUGGACUCAUCGCGCUCAUGAAUUCCGACGAGACGCGCCCCGUGAAUAUCGGAAAUCAGGACGAGUUCACGAUCGGCGAGUUCGCGGAGCUUGUGCGCGAGAUCGUCGAGAAGGUUCAGCGCGAAGAUGGUGAGGCGCCCAAGCGCCAAGUGCAGGUCGUCUACAAGCCCAUCCCCACGGACGAUCCGCAGAAGCGUCGUCCUGAUACGACCCGCGCGAGGGAGGUGCUAAACUGGCAGCCGCGCUGGUCUGUCCGUAUGGGUCUCGAGGAGAUGGUUCGCUAUUACAAGGCGAAGAUGGCCGAGGGCAGCAUCUAAUAUCUUUGGACUUUGUAUGGACGUUCGGACUGCCUUGCAAUUCAAUCGCGCUGUGGCUUCUCUUGAUCGCUAGAUGUCCCUGUUGGUUACGGUAGGCGCUAGCUAGAUACAAGUGUGCCUCGGAGUCAAAAUUAUAUGA